AGAAGCUUCCCCCUCCCAGCAGAAGCUCUGUUUGUUUGUUCAUUCAUUCACUCAUUCAUUUAACCAUCACUCAGAAACACUCUCUGCCUGCCCAGGGCUGAGUGCUGGAGACCCAUGGAUUCAGCAAAUAUUGAACACCUACUAUGUGCCGGGUACUUUGCUGGGCUCUGGGGACACAGACAAAGAGAUCCUUGCCCUCAAGUAGCUGACAUUCCAGCAGAGGAAUAAGAGAAUAUACAAGAAAACAUGAAAAAUCAGUAUUAUGGUGUGUUAGCAGGUAAAAACUGUUAAGGACAAAUUACAUAAAAGAGCCCAGGAAUAUCCGAUCUGGGGUAGGGUGUUUAUAAGAAUGUCAGAGAAGGCCUCAUUGAGAGGGUGAUGUGUGAGCAGAGAUGUAAAGGUGGUGAGGGAGGGGGCUAUGUGAGUGUCUGGAAAAAGCUUCAAGAAAGAGGGAAUGGGGACUCCCUGGUGGACCAGUGGUUAAGACUCCAUUCUCCCAAUGCAGGGGGCCCAGGAUUGAUCCCUGGUCAGGGAACUAGGUCCCUCAUGCCACAACUAAAAGAUCCCGCAUGCCACAGUGAAGAUCCUGUGUGCCACAACUAAGACCCAGUGCAGCUAAAUAAACAAACAGCACAUUCAAAGGCCCUGGGGCAGGAGAGUACAUGGGUGUGUUCAAGCCACAGCUAGAAGGCCAGUGGCUGGAGACUGGUCAGGGACGCAGUGGGAGGGCAGAUACCAUAGGACCUUGCUGGCUACGAUGUAGACUGGCUUUGACCCCAGAAAGGGCCAUGGAGGCGUCUGAGCAGAGGAGGGACCUAAUGUGACCUAGGGGUCUAAUGAGAAUAAGCUGUGGGGCUUGAGAGCAGAAUCAGGACAACCCUGAGGAGGCAAUGACUGCACUGGUCUAGGCAAGAGGUGCUGGCGGCUCAGACCAGGCUGGCGGAUGUGAAGGUGGGGGGCGACGGGCAGAUUCUGAACCUGGAGCCAGCAGGACUUGCUGAGGGUCCUGGGUCACCUUGAGGCUUUGGGCCUGAGUGAUCUGUUAUGAUUACCUGGGUCAGAAGGAUCGUGUGAGACGAUCCUCAGGGGAGGAUGAGCCAGGAGGUCCCAGCUGGUCCAGCCAUGGGGUUUGUUCUCUGAUGGUGUGUUGGGAAUGCAGAGGAGGCCCUGCUUCUAGAGGAAGUGGCAGCUGCAGUGGUGCAGGUGAGCCUGGGCAAGGCCAGUGCUGCCCCCCAACCCUGUAUGCCAGGCCUGGCAUGGCACACAGCCCUGGGGAUGGGGCCGCAGGGCAGGAAAGGGCAGUGUGGGAGCUGCUGGCCUGAGAGUGCUGCCUGGGAGCAGGGGCUGAGCAGACCCUGGCAUGGGUGUCAGCAGCCCACCGAGGUCUGGCACUGCCCCUAAUUCCACUCUCUCACUGACCUUAGACUGGACUCUGGGCGGUUGUUUCUCCCCAGACUUCCCAGAGGACCGGUGUGAGGCCCAUGUGGGAUGUAGCGGAUUCUUAGCACAGGCUGUGGAGAAGGGGGUGGGGGGGAGAGUGGAAAGAGGAAGAGGUGAAGGGGCCGGCUGCCACCUGACUAUGCAAAUGGCCUCUGACUCAUUGCAUCCACCCUGCCCCCCCCGACACCCCUGCCCUGGGCGUGGGGUGAGGGAAGGAAGGGGGCUAGCAUAUUGCAAAAUUCUCACUUCCUCUGUUCCCCAAGCCGUCACCGUGGGAAGGGGCUGUGAGCGCGAAGCAUCCUUCCCUGCAGCUGCUGCCUAGUCUGCCAGCCAGACCCUCUGGAGAAGCCCCCAUUCCCUGUCAUGGGCCCCUGCCGUGCCUGGCACCCCCUUUCUCUCCUGGUGCAGGCGGUGGCACUGGCUGCAGCCCUGGCCCAGGGCACCCUGCCUGCCUUCCUGCCCUGUGAACUCCAGCCCCAUGGCCUGGUGAACUGCAACUGGUUGUUCCUGAAGUCCGUGCCACACUUCUCGGCCGCGGCGCCCCGGGCCAAUGUCACCAGCCUCUCCUUGCUCUCCAAUCGAAUCCACCACCUGCAUGACUCUGACUUCGCCCACCUGUCCAGCCUACGGAUCCUCAACCUCAAGUGGAACUGCCCGCCGGCCGGUCUCAGCCCCAUGCACUUCCCCUGCCGCAUGACCAUCGAGCCCAACACCUUCCUGGCCGUGCCCACCCUCGAGGAGCUGCACCUGAGCUACAACGGCAUCACGACCGUGCCUGCCCUGCCUGGGUCCCUCGUGUCCCUGUCGCUGAGCCACACUAACAUCCUGGUGCUAGACCCCACCCACUUUGCCGGCCUACACUCCCUGCGCUUUCUGUACAUGGACGGCAACUGCUACUACAAGAACCCCUGCCACUGGGCACUGGAGGUGGCCCCGGGCGCCCUCCUUGGCCUGGGCAACCUCACACACCUGUCGCUCAAGUACAACAACCUCACGGAGGUGCCCCGCCUCCUGCCCCCCAGCCUGGAGACCCUACUGUUGUCCUAUAACCACAUUGUCACCCUGGUGCCCGAAGACCUGGCCAAUCUGACUGCCCUGCGCGUGCUUGAUGUGGGUGGGAACUGCCGCCGCUGUGACCAUGCCCGCAACCCCUGCAUGGAGUGUCCGAAGUACUUCCCCAAGCUGCACCCUGACACCUUCAGCCACCUGAGCCGCCUCGAGGGCCUGGUGUUGAAGGACAGUUCUCUCUACAGACUGGAUAACAGAUGGUUCCGUGGCCUGGGCAGGCUCCAAGUGCUAGACCUGAGUGAGAACUUCCUCUAUGACUGCAUCACCAAGACCACGGCCUUCUGGGGCCUGGCCCGGCUACGCAGUCUCAACCUGUCCUUCAAUUACCACAAGAAGGUGUCCUUUGCCCACCUGCACCUGGCGCCCUCCUUCAGGGGCCUGCUCUCCCUGAAGGAGCUGGACAUGCAUGGCAUCUUCUUCCGCUCGCUCAGCGAGACCACACUCCAGCCGCUGACCCACCUGCCCAUGCUCCAGAUUCUGCGUCUGCAGAUGAACUUCAUCAACCAGGCCCAGCUCAGCAUCUUUGGGGCCUUCCCAGACCUGCUCUACGUGGACCUGUCGGACAACCGCAUCAGUGGAGCUGCGAGGCCGGCAGCCACCUUGGGGGAGGUGGACAGUGGGCCGAAGGUCUGGCUGCCAUCCAGGGACCUCGCUCCAGGCCCACUGGACACCCUCAGCUUGGAGGACUUCAUGCUAAGCUGCAAGAACUUCAGCUUCACCUUGGACCUGUCACGGAACAACCUGGUGACGAUCCAGCCAGAGAUGUUUGCCUGCCUCUCGCGCCUCCAGUGCCUGCGCCUGAGCCACAAUAGCAUCUCGCAGGCGGUCAACGGCUCCCAGUUCGUGCCGCUGACCAGCCUGCGGGUGCUGGACCUGUCCCACAACAAGCUGGACCUGUACCAUGGGAGCUCGUUCACAGAGCUGCCGCGACUGGAGGCGCUGGACCUCAGCUACAACAGCCAGCCUUUCAGCAUGCAGGGCGUGGGCCACAAUCUCAGCUUCGUGGCCCAGCUGCGCUCCCUGCGUUACCUCAGCCUGGCGCACAAUGACAUCCGUAGCCGUGUGUCCCAGCAGCUCCGCAGCGCCUCGCUGCAGGCCCUGGACUUCAGUGGCAAUGCCCUGGGCCAGAUGUGGGCUGAGGGAGACCUCUAUCUCUGCUUCUUCCAAGGCCUGAGAAGCCUGGUCCUGCUGGACCUGUCCCAGAACCGCCUGCAUACCCUCCUGCCACGUACCCUGGACAACCUCCCCAAGAGCCUGAAGCUGCUGCGUCUCCGUGACAAUAACCUGGGCUUCUUCAACUGGAGCAGCCUGGCCCUCCUGCCCCAGCUGGAAACACUGGACCUGGCGGGAAACCAGCUGAAGGCCCUGAGCAAUGGCAGCCUGCCGUCUGGUACCCAGCUCCGGAAGCUGGACCUCAGCAGCAACAGCAUUGGCUUCGUGACCCCUGGCUUCUUUGUUCUCGCCAAGUGGCUGGAAGAGCUCAACCUCAGUGCCAACGCCCUCAAGACGGUGGAGCCCUCCUGGUUUGGCUCCCUAGCAGGCACCCUGAAAAUCCUAGACGUGAGCACCAACCCGUUGCACUGUGCCUGUGGGGCGGUCUUCGUGGAUUUCCUGCUGGAGGUGCAGGCUGCCGUGCCCGGGCUGCCCAGCCGAGUCAAAUGUGGCAGUCCGGGCCAGCUCCAGGGCCGCAGCAUCUUCUCACAGGACCUGCGCCUCUGCCUGGACGAGGCCCUCUCCUGGGACUGUUUUGGCCUCUCCCUGAUGGUGGUGGCCCUGGGCCUGGCUGUUCCCAUGCUGCACCACCUCUGCGGCUGGGACCUCUGGUACUGCUUCCACCUGUGCCUGGCCUGGCUGCCCCGGUGGGGGCAGCGGCGGGGCGCAGAUGCCCUGUUCUACGAUGCCUUCGUGGUCUUCGACAAGGCGCAGAGCGCAGUGGCCGACUGGGUGUACAAUGAGCUGCGGGUGCAGCUGGAGGAGCGCCGUGGGCGCCGGGCACUCCGCCUGUGCCUGGAGGAGCGUGACUGGCUACCCGGCAAGACGCUCUUUGAGAACCUGUGGGCCUCGGUCUACAGCAGCCGCAAGACCCUGUUUGUGCUGGCCCACACGGACCGGGUCAGCGGCCUGUUGCGUGCCAGCUUCCUGCUGGCCCAGCAGCGCCUGCUGGAGGACCGCAAGGACGUCGUGGUGCUGGUGAUCCUGCGCCCUGACGCCUACCGCUCCCGCUAUGUGCGGCUGCGCCAGCGCCUGUGCCGUCAGAGCGUUCUUCUCUGGCCCCACCAGCCCAGUGGCCAGGGCAGCUUCUGGGCUCAGCUGGGCACAGCCCUGACCAGGGACAACCGCCAUUUCUACAACCGGAACUUCUGCCGGGGCCCCACGACAGCUGAAUAGCACAGAGCAACAGCCAAGCAUGCCUCAUCGCCCCCCUCUACUUGCCUCUCUGCCUGGGAUGCUCCAACCUGCCUUGUUCUGCGAGACCACUGCUCUGCCUCCCCCUUCCCCCAGCCCCCUGGCAUAUAGCAGGCACUUAAUAAAUGCUACCGGAGGGCUAA